AUGGAUUUCGUAUUUUCAAUCUUUUUGGCUACAAAUCCAAUUAAAUUUUACGAAAACUCAAUUCAACCAUUAUUAGAGAUCUUUACAACCGAUGUAAUCGAAAAGCAGUACAAAUACAUGCCAACAAAAGAAGGCGGAGUUGAGAGAACUCAAUAUUGGAUGAAAACUUCAGAAUUUUGCAUAAAUUGUUUUAAUAGGAUGAUGGAAUGUGCUCCUCUUCUUCCUACAGCUACAAGGCAGCUUAUUACAGCUCUCUGGACCUUCGAAAGCGGAGAUAGAAUUUUCUGGCGAAAAUUCAUCCUCGAUACCAUUAUUUGCAAGUUCAUACAUCGUUUCCAUCUUGUAACCAAUGUCACUCUUGCAUUAAAUAUACAGACUUGCAUUCAUAAAAUGGCUGCAGAGAAAUUUGAUUUAAUUGACAAGAUGAUUGAGAAGUUUUGCAUCACUCCCGGUGAAAACAUCAUCUCUGACGGCAUAUCAGAAGCCGCAGAGAUAGCAGAGCGUUCAAUUAUCGUUGCUCCUCGAGAUUUAACUUUACUUUUCUCAACAAUCCAGAAAUUUACCACUGUUGCGUCAGGACCACUCUUAGGACCUCUCUCUGAUGCAUUCGCCGGCCUCGAAUCCCCAACAAUCGCUGACGAUUCCCAAUAUCUCUUAAUAAGACCGUGGAAAGCGGAAACCAUCACUGAUUCCCUGGAGAUUCUGAAGACAUUCGGCUUCGACGAGUUCGUUGACAUCGUAAACUCUUUGGAUUUGUCAAAACUUCCGUUUAAUAAUUCGGAAGAUCUCUCGAAAAUGGUCACUCAGCUUACAUCAUCAUACACUACGCCGUUGCAACAGCUGAGAAUUGACAUUAAUUCGAGAAAAAUCCAAAAUUUCAACGAUGCGAUUAUGAAUGCAUUGAAGAACUGCAAAACCAUGAAAGAUCUUGGCUCUUCAGCAUCGACAGCACUUUAUUUCAUGGGGGAUUCGCUUGAAAAGAGCUUUUGCCAGAAGAAAUCUUUAUCAUCGGCAUUUAUUAAAGAGAAAGUUCUUCCAGCUUUGAUAGAGAAGUAUCCAACGGACUUCCUCUACAACGAUGAGAACAUUUUCACGCCAAUGUCUUCUUAUUCCAAAUUAAUUGAAAAUGUCAAAAACAGAGUCCAAUCUCUUAACCUUCCAGACUCAAACGGCCUCCUCCUGAGACAUCAUUUCUUCCUCGAUCUCCUCGAUAGGAUUGAUUUCAAGUUCGGAUUCCAACUUAUGCCGAACACAAACAACAGAUCUUUCACUUUUGCGAAGUACUGCCAGGAGAACAGACAAUGUACAUCCGAAUUGGGACCGUACGGAAUGGAAAUAAUAGCAAAAGCUGCAAAAGCAUUUCAGGAGAUUUCGGUUUAUCAGAAACCGAGUAAAAACCUCGCAAAUGCUAUGUACGCGUUAAGAAUCAUGUCCAGAUACGACAACGAGAAGCUAAAGUUCGCAAUCGCGUUGUCUGGAAACCCACAAGUUUUUUCUUUCGCGUCCUUCAUUGGCGGAUACCUGAAAACUAAUGAAGUCGUUGACCUCGUCCUUGGCGAAGGCAAUUUCCCAUUGAUAAAGAGAUUCAGAGUUGCUUUGGUCUCAUUUACGAAUUCAACUUAA